GAGGUGGCUAAGGCGGCGCUCGCUAAGGAUCAGAGCAGGCGCGACAGGUACUACAAUCGGAGGGUGCGCGAGACUACGAGGUUCACCGUCGGCGACCUCGUGUGGGUAUUGAGGCCGCCGAAGGGCAAAGGAAUUACAAAGCUGCCCCACCAGUGGGUUGGGCCACCGAAGAUCGUGCAGGACGCAGGCUAUGACAACUGGGACGUGGUGAGAGAGGAC